AUGUCCCAAAAGGUCGACCCCCAACAGUUCCCCAACGGCCCCCCUCCAGCCUACAUCCCCUCCUCCACAUCAACAACCCCCGUCCCGCCCCCCGCCCACCUCAUCCCCACCAACCAGCACACCGGCACAUCAGACUACUACAACGCCUCCCCCCAGCAACCGCCCUACAGCCAGCCCCAGCCGCAACCCCAAUUCCCAUCCAACAAGAACCAACAGAACGAGAUCCAGUAUCCCAACCCCUACCAGCAGUACCCGCACCCCCAGCAGCCAUACGGUCAGCAGCCCGGCAUGGGAUACCCCCCUCAGCAGCAGUACCCGCAGCAACCAUAUCCGUACGGCCCGGGACCGAGAUACGCGCCGCAGGGACAGUAUCUGGAUCAGCGGGGGCGGCAGAGUGGUGCGGCGGAGGGGGUGUUGGGGGGCUGUUUGGCUGCGUUGGCGUGUUGUUGUUGUUUGGACUUUUUGUUUUAG